AUGUGGUCUCUUGUCAUCUAUAUCGUCUCGCAGCUUAUCUUGAUCGGAGCCUGGGUCACUGGUCUGCUAGAUCCAUACCAGAAACAACUCCAAGAGAUGCUCCUCGAGGCGAUGGGUGAAAGCAAAAGUCUCACGGCGAAGAAGUUGGUCGAGGAUCAGAAUCUGAGCAAGAUCCAAGAUCAAUUGGGCAACGAACUCGGUGACUUUUUUGGAAAGCAGGGACUUGCAGGGGGUCUUGGCACAGUGCUGAGCAAAGGGCUGUGA